CUUACCAAAAUCCUCCAACCAAGACUUGGCCAAACAACUCUCCUGCAAGAAUGCACGGUGAAAUAUGACUGACUUUAAAAAAAAUAAAAGAGAGAGACCAGGUUACCUGAUCCAGUGCCCCUCCUCCGCACGUGGUCAUCACACACUAUGUCAAAGACUCUGUUAGUGAACUGAUUACAGCUCUAAGGGGCAUCAAGGAAGCGGGACUGCUCAGAAGAGAUGGUCACUCUCAAUCUCUCAAUAAGCCCCCACUUAGCUAUACUCCUUGUGGAUGGAUGGAUUGGAAGGCUAUAUUAUGACUGACAGGAUUUGUUUAUGCAGUCUCAAGUAUUUUGUAAACAAAACACCUAAAGCCUAAAAAAACUUUUUUAUAGCUUUAAUGUAUUCCCCAGUGUCUGGUUACAUAGUUGUGUAACUGUGCUGUUCUGCAGAUUUUGUUGUGGCGGUGUUUGUUGUGGCAAAGCCUUUCACUCCCCAUUCCACUUAGAGUUCACAUAGAUGUUGAAUAUUGACUUGAUAUGGAGGAGUGCCCAUCAGACCCCAGUCCAGAACCUGUUUAAUACUAAAGACUGUCGGUGUCUGGAGUGCUUCACGUUGAGCUGACACAGGAGUCAUCUUGAACAUCACUGUCAGUAAAAUGAGCCAUGUGCAGCCAGACAGGGAAGAAGCUGAUGGCCAAGUGUCGGAUGCUGAUCCAGGAGAACCAGGAGCUGGGCCGGCAGCUUUCCCAGGGUCGCAUUGCCCAGCUGGAGGCUGAACUGGCCCUGCAGAAGAAGUACAGCGGUGAGCUCAAGAGCAGCCAGGAUGAGCUGAAUGACUUCAUCAUUGAGCUGGAUGAGGAGGUGGAGGGCAUGCAGAGCACCAUCCUGGUUCUUCAGCAGCAGCUCAAAGAGGCUCGUCAGCAGCUGGCCCAGGCCCAGAGCUCAGCAGCCAUCUCUGCAGCCCCGGGCCACUCAGAGCCUGCCGACGACAGAGAUUCUGGGGAGAGGGUGACGAAUGGGCCGGGCGACACAAAUCCUAUUCAUAGGACAGCAACGGGCCCCUGUGGGGAGACGGGCGGCAGCAGCACCUCAAGACAGUAUUCCAGUGUACCAUCUUCCUCCAUUAGCACAGAAAGAAAAUUCUCCAACUCUAAUUACUCUGGGGAUGUGAACCAUCUUAGUGAAGUGUAUGAGACAGUUGACUCCCCCACCAGUAGUGAGGCCUCCUUCACACAGCAUUCCCUUGACACAGACUCAAACCAAGACCCACAGAGGGACAGGACACCUACAGGCAAGAGUAGCAGGACUGCAGACUCCCAUCAUGCUCAGAAUGGCUCCAAUCCUGCAGUGUAGAGCCCUGUUGAACAUAAAGGAUUAAAGUGAUUGUCAGCUCUACAUUACAUUGGAGAUGCAUCUUCAUUCACAGAUGAAUGAGGAUGGCGGUGUACUUUAAGUGACAGAACAAAAGCCCAUUGCCCUUAAACAAAUAUUUCUUUUAGCACAUUACAACCUAGGAUUGUCAGAUUUUUUUCUGUUUUGAGAAUUGUCAAGUGCUGCUUUUUCUCCUCUAACAUGAUUGAGACUUUGAGUUAAAUUUUAUGUUUAUAAUGUAAUGUAUUUUGUUUUAAAAAUAAUGUUGGUUUGUGUUCAUUGUAUCACAGUGACCAUUUGUCACAGUAUCUGAGCUACUGGUGAAAACAGUGCUGCUACAACUGCAGUGUUUGAUGACAGAUCAGAUGCCAGGAAUCAAUAACUAAAUUUAAAUAGAAACAAAAGAAAAACACUUAAGUUUUGUGUGACCUAGUUUUGAUUUUUUCCCAUGU